GGGGGAUGCUGGGCUCGGUGAAGAUGGAAGCCCAUGACCUGGCCGAGUGGAGCUACUACCCAGAGGCGGGCGAGGUCUACUCUCCAGUGACCCCGGUGCCUACUAUGGCCCCCCUGAACUCCUACAUGACCCUGAACCCUCUAAGCUCUCCCUAUCCUCCCGGGGCGCUGCCUGCCUCCCCUCUGCCCUCAGGACCCUUGGCACCCCCAGCCCCUGCAGCACCCCUGGGGCCCACCUUCCCAGGCCUGGGUGCCAGUAGUGGUGGAGGCAGCAGCUCCGGGUAUGGGGGCCCGGGACCUGGGCUGGUGCAUGGGAAGGAGAUGCCGAAAGCGUACCGGCGGCCGCUGGCCCACGCCAAGCCCCCGUACUCCUACAUCUCACUCAUCACCAUGGCCAUCCAGCAGGCGCCCGGCAAGAUGCUGACCCUGAGUGAGAUCUAUCAGUGGAUCAUGGACAUCUUCCCUUACUACCGGGAGAACCAGCAGCGCUGGCAGAACUCCAUCCGCCACUCGCUGUCCUUCAACGACUGCUUCGUCAAGGUGGCGCGCUCUCCAGACAAGCCGGGCAAGGGCUCCUACUGGGCCCUGCACCCCAGCUCAGGUAACAUGUUCGAGAAUGGCUGCUACCUGCGCCGCCAGAAGCGCUUCAAGCUGGAGGAGAAGGUGAAGAAAGGGAGUGGUGGGACCUCCACUGCCAGGAACAGUACAGGGCCUGCCGCCUCGUCCACCACCCCUGCCGCCUCCGUGACCCCCCAGCCCCAGCCUCCAGCCGCUGAGGCUGAGGCCCAGGGUGGGGAAGACGUAGGGGCUCUGGACUGUGGCUCACCCCCUGCCUCCACACCCUAUUUCACUGGCCUGGAGCUCCCAGGGGAGCUGAAGCUGGACGCACCCUACAACUUCAACCACCCUUUCUCCAUCAACAACCUGAUGUCGGAACAGACACCGGCACCUCCCAAACUGGACGUGGGCUUUGGGGGCUAUGGGGAGGGUGGGGAGCCCGGGGUCUACUACCAGGGCUUCUAUUCCCGCUCUCUGCUUAAUGCAUCCUAGCAGGGCGGUGGCAGCAUGUGGUGGGGGCGGCUAGAGCUCAUACCGUCAGGCCCCCAGGGGGGCCUGCUCCUUCUGGUGACACUGUUUGCCCCAUUGUUGGCAUCUUGGUGGCCUAUUCCUUACUGUGAUGAUUGCUGUCUCUGUGGACAUCGUGUGGGUCCAUUGGGUACUGUGAUACCUGCCACGUACCUCUUGGUGAGCCCACUGGGUACUGAAGACCACCAUGUUGGUGGAUGGUAUUGGUUGACCCACUGGGUGCCUUAAUGGGUGCCAUGUAGACCCUUUGGGUGAUGUGAUGGACAUCUUCUUGGUGACCCAUUGGGCAUGAUGGUGACACCUUUUCAGAGACUUCUUCUUUGGCCCAUUGGGUGCUGGGAUCACUUCUUUUCUGGUGGACUUCUUGGGCCGGUAGGCGCCAUAUUGGCCACCAUCCUGCACAACAUCUUCUGGGCUCACUGGGUACCACUAUAUCGGCAGGGUGACAUUGUCAGUGUGCUGCUGUGCACCGGGAGAGCCACCGCAGCCCCGUGUGGGCCGUGUCGGCGCCGUCUCUGGGGUGGGUGAGGUGAGGGUGGAGACGAGAAGACUCCUUGUUUACUCUGCAGCCCAUCCCCCACUCUGGUCCAGGGGAGACCAGAAAGGGCUGGUUAGGGUGUGGGGAAUUUCUACUGAAGCCUGGUUCUUGCCUGGGACGCGGGAUACUGGCUGUUCGACCAUUAAAGGCAUCGUUCUGCCUCUUG